AUGGUUCACGGCUAUGUUGGUGUGCCACUUCAGCACCGUACAGGCCUUGCCCUUUGUCUGCUGAACAGAUAUUUUGACCGGGUGAUUGAGUCAUGCCGUGUCGGUCUGCAGAAGCCAGAUCCCAAGAUCUAUGAGUAUGCACUGGAUGUGCUGAAAGUGAAACCUGAAGAGGUUAUUUUUCUGGAUGACACUGGCGCAAACUUGAAGCCCGCUCGGGAGAUGGGCAUGGCCACCAUCCUCGUGAAAGAUUUUGACUCUGCUCUGAAGGAGCUGCAGGACCUGACGGGAGUUCAGGUGAGGAGCUUUUUUGCAUGCGGACAUUGAGUGGAAAUGACUUUC